AUGGUCCCAACCAAAGCAUCACUGGGAUUUGAAGCUAUGGCAUUCCUUCUGCUUUGCGCAGCGAUACUUCCCAUCGCGCUUGGGCUGGAAGUGCUUUCAUUGCAGCAAACGCAUCAACCUGAAAAGGCAUUAUGGGCGGAUUGGUCAAAUUGGGACACCAAGACUCUACGGAUUCCAGCCUUCAGGAUUUCAUUCCAGGCCGAUUCUCCUCCUGUCCUGGCAGCGAUGCCCAACCCCCAGCGGUUGCUGCCGGUGAACGAUGUGCUGUACACCGUCGACACUGACGUGGCCGGCACCCGGGCGCGCUUAGUCGUGGACACAGGUUCUUCCGACAUUUGGGCGAAGGAGUCUGUGCUCACAUCCUCGGUGGAGAGUGGUAGAGCCAAAGUGCGAAGUUUUCAGUUUCAAGGGAAACCUCGCAUCCCGUAUCUUCUUUUAAAGUUCGGCGUAGGCAGCGUCUUUGGCGUCCCGAUCACGGUGAAAGAUUUUUGCGUUGCUGGCAUCUGCGUGGAGGAUCAAGAUCUGGUGAUGGGUCUGCAGAUCAAAGACGUUUUGGAGCUCAACACCUUCGAUGGUUUGUUGGGUUUGGCCUUUCCCAGGGAUUCACAAGAUCCGUUUGGUACUCCCUUCCUGCGGCGGCUUCAAAUGAUGCAGAAUAUAACUUUGUCCUUCGCAUUGCUUUUGGGCACGAAGAAGCCCUUCAUGGCAAUCGGAGAAUGCAAGGAGUUGUUGCAGGGUCACAAGCAUCACAUGUUGCCUGUGCAUCCACUGGAGAUAGGUCUCACCAUGUGGACUGUGAGUAUGGAUCUCAACAUCACCGACUCGAAGAACGGGAAACCACUGCUGUCAGCGACAGGUUUUGGAGCCUUGGACUCCGGCAGUACGCUGCUGGUGCUGCCGGCGCUUCUCUACCUGCAGCUGACGACGCAUCUCUUUCGGGCGCCGGCGAGGUGUUUCAUGGGCGAUACCAUCCUCUGCAUGUGCGACACCGAACUGAACGAUUUAUCCUUCUCCUUCGGCGAGUUCACUGUGAACUUCACCAAGGAGGAGUUGCUGCUUCCCGUCGCUGAGGAGGUUUGCCGCAUCAACAUCAUGGCCAUGCCACCUGCGGUGCGGAAUCUGCCUGUCCUGAUUCUGGGGCAGACGUUCCUGCGCAAGGUCUAUGCGGUCUUUGAUCCCUGGAAGCCAGCCGUGUGGCUGGCGGAUCGCCGUAGCGUCAAAGUGCAAGAGAUGCAAAAGGCGGCCAGCGGCUCGGACUUCAUCGCUCCCAUGCCCGCAGUGGCAUCCGAUGGCCUCAUGGCCGACGCGCCCCGGGCCGCAGCGGAGCUGGCGGCCAGCAUGCGAGCUGCUACCGGCUCGGACACCAUCACUCCCAAAUCUCACGUGUCGGAGGAAACCAUGAGGAAGGUCCAGGCGAUCUUCGACGCCGCCAUGGCCACGGCCGAGCCGGAGGCCACGAGAAAGGGAACGUCCCGGUCGUUUGACGCCACGGUCGCGGCCGCUGCGUUGGCCGUGGCCGCGCUGAGCGCGGUGUUGGCAGCGCUGAUGGCGCGGAAAACGCAGGUGGAAGAUGGGGACUACAUGGCCCUUUGAAAUGUGCUGGUUACUAGUCCAAAAGGGACGAAACUGACCUCAAGAGUGGGCAUAGCCAGUGUCAUGGCAGCUGUUUGCAGUGCAAGGGCUCUGUCCAUGGCUCUGCAGCUUAGUUUUGAGGGCUCAACUUUCUGCAGAACAAUCGGCAGAGAAGACAAAAAUGUGCCGACACCAGUGACACGAGCGAUGCCCAUGG